CACGAUGGAUACGACGACGGGGGGAGUGGUAGAGACGCGUGCAGCAGCACAUGAAGACUCCAUCAACCGCGUCAAGCAUGUUACGCCGUGGCUAGUGGCGAGCGGAGACGACGCAGGCGUCAUCAAGCUUUGGGACCCGCGGCAACAAAACUGCAUCCGUACCCACAAGCAACACUUUGACUACAUUUCCGACUUCUUGUGGCUUCCCGACAAGCAGCACCUACUGGCGACCAGUGGUGACGGGACGCUCUCUGUGAUGGACGUGCGAUCCAAAAAGGCUGAGGCCUUCGCUCAGUCGGAGGACCAAGAAGACGAAUUGCUCUGCGCGACGACAAUCAAGGGUGGUGCGAAAGUGGUCGUGGGCACCCAGCUGGGCAUCCUCUCCAUCUUCAACCGCUCCAGUGGAUACGGGGACUGCGUGGACCGUGUACCAGGGCACCCCGCGUCGAUCGACACGAUCACCGCACUUCCGCCCGACUUUGUUGCGGCGUCCAGCAGCGCAGAAAUGGAAAACACGGUGCUCACCGGGUCCUCCGACGGGCUCGUCCGUGCCGUGCAAGUGCUGCCGACGAAACUUGUUGGUGUCGUCGCAGACCAUGGCGAGUUGCCUGUCGAACGAUUGGCGAUCGGAUUUGGCGGUGUUGCGCUGAGUGUGGACAGUGAUGCCGACGAGGACGACGUAGACGGUGGCGGCAGCAGUAGCGGUCAGAAGGUCGGCAGCAAAGGGAAACAAAAGGCGGAGGAGGAGGAGGAUGAGCAAGAAGGGUCAUCGACACAACGACCUGGAAGGUGGUGGGUCGGCAGUGUGGGCCACGACGAAGUCCUUCGGCUCACAGAUCUCGAUGCCUUCUUCCAGCAUCCUGCCCAAGGCGAAGAUGAGGAGGACAGCGAAGAGGGCGAGGCCUCUGACGCAGGUUCAGAUGGCGCUAGCGAAGAGGGUCAUGACGCGGAGGAACAGGCCCCAGAGGAUGACGCAGAUUCCGAUGAC